AUGUCGACAAAGCGAUUAAAGUCUGGAAUCGUUUUUUUUAAAGACGACAAGAUUGUCCCGACUAGCACAAGCAAUAUAUUGCAAAUUGCUCAACAGGAUGAAUCCAAUUCUCCUGAUGCAAAGAAAUUCAGCAUCAUUUCAGGAAUUUCGUUUGGAUCCAAUUUCGUGGGUAUGGUGCGUAUCUUGAAUAUUACGAGCACAAUGGCCAGUGACAAGAUGAACAGCGUGGUGGAAUCGCUUCAACAACAAAUGGAUCUUGCCACGUUCUACGAAGGUUCGGCUGGCGGAUUUGGCGCAAACUCGUCUAUGGCAGACAACGUCAAAAGUUUGCUCAAUUCCCAGAAUAUAAAUUCUCACGUCACGAUGAUCUGCAUAGGUGCCAUUCCCUGUAUAGUAUCCAACGGCGUCAAACUAGGUGUUGAAAAAUCUGCCAAAUUCGAUCCUCAAUCAAGUCUUGACGGACUAGCCGCCCUACAAUACGCCACUCAAGCUGAUCAAGGCACAGUUUCGCAGGCGGCAGAGGCAGCGCGCACAGGUGCCCAAAUGAUGUCCAUGAAAGCCAGCGAUGUUAAAUCCUCCCUCUCGGCUCUGGUGGAGAUAGAUGACGGUUCGAAUAAGGUUAUCGAUAUUAAUUCUACGAUGACUGCCCUUGAAGGUAAUCUCAAGAAAGCUGCAGAAGGUACUUCAGGUGUUCCGAUCAAUUACUACUUGAAAGAUCUUUCAAAGAGUAUGCUUGCAGAAAUGUGGGUGGCUAAAUAG